UUCUUCCCUGUGUUGUGCUGCGCUCUGAGGAUGGGGACAGCGAAGCAUCCCUUCCUGCUGGAGACCAUCUGGAUGGACAAGUGGAAGUUUGACGAGGCGGAGCGGCUGUUCUGGGUGGGUCAGCAGAUGCAGCCGGCGCCCGGGGUCCGUCCGCUGGCGGAAGAGGAGACGAGCAAGAGGAGGCAGGGGAAGAGCUCUCCGCGUCCCAAGCUGGUGCCCGCGGAGGAACCUGACUGGCACCCACCGGAAGAGGCAAAGAGUGACCGCGGGCUGGCUCUGGGGCGGCUGGGGGCAUCCCCCGGCCCUGCCCAGGCGAAAGCGUCCGCCCCCAGCCGCGAAAACCGCCCUGCAGUGGCCUGUCACCACCUCGUCUGUGGAGUCUGGGUCAACAAGGGCGCCUUCGACGAGGCCGAACGCCUGUUUGUCACCCGGUCACAGGCGCCGGGUGUGCCUCGCUCUCUGCUGAUCCCGAGCUCCCGCAGGAUUCCAAAGCCACGGGUCACCCCGGACGAAGGGUACAUCAGUGCCACUCCCGCCACCCCGCUCACCCCUGGCUUCGCCAGCCCCCAAGUGAACGGGACGUGUCCUGUGACCCACUGGCACCUGCUGGCACCCGGGGUGUGGCUGGAAAAGCCGCUGUACGACGACGCUGAGCGGCUCUACUAUGAGGCCCUGUACGAGGACCGAGCGGCGGGGAGAGAUGGACCGCACCAAGUCCCAGGCCAGGGUGGCCCCCGUGUCAUCCGUCCAUGCCCCCCUCGUACCGCUGAGCCCUGUCCGUCAUCCACAGGGGGAGUGUCUCCAGUGGCAGCCAAUCAGCACCUCGUUCAUAAGGACAACGAGCCAGUGUGGUUCAAUAAACCCACGUAUGAUGCUGCAGAGCUGCGCUAUCACCUGGCUGGAAUCCAGAGAGCACCCAGCAAGACCCAGGAGCCAGUGUCCACCUCUCCGCCAGCAGCACCGGCAGAAAGACGUACCCCUGCACCCUGCUGUCCGUGGCGCCAGGAUAAGACCAUGGCAGUUAACUUUUUAGCAAACGAGAAUAUCUGGUUCGAUAAGUACAAGUAUGAUGAUGCAGAGGUGCAGUACUACAGGCAGCUGUCUGGAUCGGUCCCUACCAAUACCCCAGUAGAAAAUGUGGUGCGGAACUCCCCAGCUGUGCAGGAGAACGGAGCGAGUAACAUCCUUCGAGACAUUGCCAGAGCCAGGGAGAAUAUCCAGAAGUCACUGGCCGGAAUCUCGUCUGUUUGGGAGGCCGGCAGAAAUCCCAAAGAAAAGGCCCAUGAUAACAUCGACCCAGUCUCCAGCUAUAGCGCUGUACAGGGUGCAGAUGUCGAGUUAUGCUCCCGCGUCACCAGCUUAGAAAAGGAGAACCAAAGCUUGCACAAGGAGGUGGAGGAACUACGGUUAAAGCUGUCAAAGUUGGAGCUUCGUCUUUCUUCGGUGGAGAAGUCCCUGACCAGCACCAAGCCUGUCAUGUCCCCACCAGCCCAACCCAACAAGCUUGCCCCAAAGCAGCCGGAGGAGGACGGCGAGGAUGACCUGGACCUCUUCGGAAGCAGCGAUGAGGAAGAGAGUGCGGAGAGCGAGAGGGUCCGGCAGGAACGGCUGCGCCAGUACGCUGACAAGAAAUCCAAGAAGCCUGCCCUCAUCGCCAAGUCUACCAUCCUGUUGGAUGUCAAACCUUGGGACGAUGAGACGGACAUGGCAAAGCUGGAGGAGUGCGUGCGUACGGUGCAGAUGGACGGCUUGGUGUGGGGAGCCUCCAAACUCGUCCCCGUCGGCUACGGCAUCAAGAAACUGCAGAUCCAGUGUGUGGUGGAAGAUGACAAGGUCGGCACUGACGAGCUGGAGGAAGAAAUCAUCAAGUUUGAGGACUAUGUGCAAAGCGUUGACGUUGCUGCCUUCAACAAAGUCUAGAGUUGGCUGGUGCUUCCAGAGUUACUGAGGAAUAAAGGGAUUCUGUGCAGAAAUCAA